AUGAAUUCUCUUCCAAAGUACCUUUUCUUGUCGGCAACAAUAAUUUUAAAUUUAUUUAUUGUUGCAACAACGGGAUUUGUACCUCUUGGUCGUUGCUUUCAUAGCAGUGUCCUUAUUGGAACUCAACUAUACUUUUUAGGUGGAAUAGGUUCUGAUGAAAUAUUCUAUUUGGAUGUCUCUUUACCUUUCGACUCCAAAAAACUUUUAUGGACUGAUUUAACGACCAAUUCAUCUAUUCCUGUUAAUAGUGCAUUUGCAACAUCGUGUAUGGGAGGUCAAAAUAAUGAAACAAUUUUUUUAUUUGAGCAUCAUAAAAAAAAUCACGAUAAAUUAAAUUAUACAAUAACAUAUAGUUUUGAUACAAUAAAUCAAAAAUGGGAUAUACCAAAAAUAACAAAUUCAGAUCAAAUACCUCCAGUCAGACAAAAAAUUAAUGCUGCAUGUGAUCCUAACGGUAAAAUGUAUAUUUAUGGUGGAUAUAAUCCACUCAGACGAUUCAAGAGAUCCUAUAAUGAUAU